AUGGAAAGAACGUCGAGUUUACGACGAAGACGAGCGAUGGUGUCCUCGCAAAAGCAUCGAACUUUGGCCAGAUGCUCGAAGAUAAAGUUGGCACUGAGCAAGUCGUUAUGGGACGACGAGAUGCAGAGAGAUUUGCCAAAGAAAUGGGAAAAGCACGGGGAUAUGAUUGUUUUUCCCCAGAAUACCUUCACUCAUAUCAAUUGGAGAUACAUUGGCCGAGAGCUAUGGGCAGUUGUUGCUCAGUCAUUGAACGUGGCUCGAGUUGGUCGAAAACGGCAGAUUGAUGAGGAGAGAACAUCUCAUGUUGACCUACUUCACGGUGCAGACGCGUGGGUUGACUAUGUCGAUGAGCGUGGAAUCAAGUUCUGCUACAACGCAACGGUUCGAGUCUUCGAUAAUUCGAAAAAGGCCGAAAUGAAGAGAAUCUCAAAAUGGGCAUGUCAGGGACAGACCAUCGUCGAUAUGUAUGCCAGUUUGGGAUAUUAUUCGCUUACUUUCCUGGUGUCAUGUGAAGCGAAACAAGUUGUAGCAAUUGAUUGGAAUGAUGAGAUUCUGGAAAGUUUGAUUCGAAGUGCCCAGGUGAAUCAAGUAGAUGAUCGUCUUUUGGUGAUUCAUGGAGACUGUCGCCGUGUUUGUCCACAUCAAACUGCAGAUCGUGUUUAUUUGGGUCUUCUUCCAUCGUGUCGUGCUCAUUGGUUGGCUGCUUGUAAAGCUUUGAAACCGGAUGGAGGUAUUAUUCACAUCAAUGAGAUUUUGGAUAUGAAUGAGAAGAAAAAGGAGCCGGUAAAGAAAGUAGAACCGGAGAAGGCGUCCUCUGUUGAAAAGAAGAAAAAGGCAGUAACGGAAGGAAAAGAAAAGACAUCGUCGGAUAAGGAGAAUCUACCAAAGAAGAAAAAAGUGUUAAGACAGAAAACACUUCCAGUUCUAUCAGCUGUUCAAGAAGAUUCGAAACCUGAAACAGAAUCCACAUCAGCUCCUCCAGCUGAACCAUCUGCAGAUCAGAAUCCAGCAGCUCCAGAAGCCAAUGGAACCAGUGAAGAAGGCGUUGAGAAGAAGAAGAAAUUCACCCGUUCUGCCUCAAUUGUCGAAGAAAUGGAAAAUCGUGUUCUACCAGAAAUCAAAGUUUGGAAAGAGUAUGAAAAUGAAGGAUGGAGUAGGCUGACAAACAGACAUCAAGAGUUUGCAAUGGAUUGUGCACAAAGUUGUACUCGCUUUCUGAACAACAUUCAUUUGUCUGAUGUUAUGUACUCAGUGACUGUUGUCAACAUGAUUAGGUAUACAAGUGAAAUGGGAACAUUCCGAAAAAUGUUCGAUAUUUCAGAUACGGAGAGGUGUCCAAAGGAAAGGAACAUGUGGUUCUGGAGCUGCUGUGUUGCCAACAAGAUGCUUCAGCAGAGCAUCUCAUCUCAAAGCGCAAAUCAUUGCAGACGGACCGUCGGCCGCGGCCCGGCGGCCGGCCCCAUUUUUCUGCAAUCUCCCUUUGCAUGUAUUCGGAAAACGUGGGACUCAAAUUUGCAACAAUCGAAAAAACGCCGUCACCACAACCCCAACCCCAAGGAUUCCGUCCAGCAUGGUUGUUCGAAUCGUCUUCCGAAACGAAUUCUGGAUCACCGAGAAGAAUUUGUAGAAUCUGUCAGAUGCAUGAAGGCGAAAUGGUCAGACCCUGCGAUUGUGCUGGAACGGUUUGUUUUGGAAGAAAAAAAAAUAGAAUCGAAAUUGAUUAUUCAGAUGGGAGAUGUUCACGAAGAGUGUCUCACAAAAUGGGUGAAUAUGUCGCAUAAGAAGAGUUGUGAAAUUUGUAAAUCGGAAUAUUCGCAAAGUGGAGCACAGUUCAAACCUUUCAAAGGAUGGACUAGACCCAAGUUCAACUUUAAAAACGUUUUCCAUUUGUUGCUGAUUGUCAUUCUCAGUCUUCUAAUCGCUUACGUCAUGUGUAUCAUGAAGGAAAGAUACUUCUACAAAAGAGUCAUCGAAAGAAACAUGUUCUCUCGUCCAGAUGAUUCUGGAAGAAUUUUUCUCCUAGUGAUCCUCGGUAUUGCAGUCCUCAACAACGUGUACACUCUGACGAAAAGUGUCAUCUUCUACCUGAAGCAACAGCGUCAAAUUCGUUUCGUAAACAAACAUUGA